AUGCACCGGCUUGCAACAGUUCCGUUUUUGACGCUGAUAUUGCUUGUAGUAUGCGGUGGAUCGAAGGCUUCUGUGCAAAUUUCAUCCGCUUCUCCGGGGUGCGACGGAUAUUGGACCUACACCGGUGUCAAGAAAACGUGCUGGACUCAGAAUAUGGGAACAACCAAACGGAGCGGUGUGAGUCCGAAUCCCCCUUCGGUUUCGCGGCACCGUAGCCAGCAACCAUCAAGUGGAGCCGGCGUCGGUGACCAGCAGCAAGAAACGCAGGGGAGUGUUUCAUCGAGUUCAACCACUUCAAGAGGAACUAACCAACUGGGUUCGGACGGUGAAGACACCUUUCCGAAAGAGGAUGUAAAACAAGUUUAUGGGUCAGCCGGCACUCUGAGCAUGAAUCCGAUCGCGCAGCCGUCCGGCAGUCCCAGAGAGCCGACAGAUGCAACCCCGGUGGUGGACCGCAAAGAAGAGGGACAAGUGGAUCAGAGAGGGUUGGAAUCUGGAUCCGCAAAACAACAAAACACGACAAACGGCAACGGGGAAGAAGAAAAUGGCGGGAAAGGGAGGGGUUCAGGAGAUCAUGCCACAGGUCACGAUCGCGGGGGUAUGGCGCAGGGCGUAGUUUCGAUGUCUGGGCAAGGAAGUGCGCAGAGAGUGGAAACUGUAGCGGAACAACCAGUCAAGAACAAAGAAGAUGAUAUUCCAGGAGAGAAUGUUAAAGGGCCCGGCAGCAGCCAUGUAGUCUCGACACCGGAGCGGCGAAAUACACUGGAGACGGUAACAGAUAAUGGGGAUCAGCAAAAAUCUGGAGAAAGCAAUGCUCAAGGGGAGAACAGCGGCUCGUGUAAAGGGCGUGCGGUAAUACUCCCUGUAAUAUUAAUCCUCAUGUACUCUUAA